AUGCUCAUCUUGGACUCUAGCUGUCCUCAUUUUAUUGAGCCUCUGGCAGACCAUCCUCUUGUCUUGGUCUCAACAAUCAAAUUCUCCAGGUUCUACACUAAGCCCAAAGCUAUUGACUUUGGCAUGGAGGCACACAGAAUUUGGCUUGAUCCCAAAGAGAGGCAUGAUAUUGGCCAAGGAAGCAGCAAUGAUGAUAGUGACAAUCAGGGCAGCAAUCAUGCUUGCUUUCAGAACUUAGAUGCACAGCUAACCCUCAUAUGGAACCAGAUGUCCAAUGACAUCCUGAAGGUUUCAUCCAAUUUCAAGGCUUCAUCAGAUCCUCCCUACUAUAUGCUUACAGAAGCUGAAUGUUGUAUGGUCACAGAGGAGCUCUUCAAGUCAUUUGAGCUUCCUUUCUAG